GCCACAACCUGUACUGUCACGCGUUGACUGUGUGUUGAUCCCCCCGCUGCUUGCGACAAAGCAGGCAGCAACUGUAUGGUUGUUGGUGUGCGCGAGCGAGACAGCGCGCCCGUGUUUAUGCAGCCAUCGUCAGCGCGUAGAGUGCGCGCCCUCAGUACGGUGGUAUUCGUAAGCAGCAUCGGACGCAGUGUGCCUACACCGUCUCAGCAGCAGCAGCAGCAGCGAAAGCAACAGCAACACCAGCAGCUAGUGUGAAAAUAGGGAAAGCGCACAGCUCGUCUAUGCUCCGUCUAUUCAUGCAUGAGGGCCACCUAUGUUGACACCGUGUAGAGCACGCUUAACUUACCCUUCGUGCUAAGGGCGUGCGAGAGAGAAAGAGCAAGACACAGACCCACUCAGCGCCAUCCUGCCUACCAUCAGCACUAAAGAUGUCCGAACAGUGAGAAUUCACGACAACAACCACCACCACCACCACCACCACUGCUCCUUUUCCCAGCAACUCCCUUCACCAUUCCCUCCCCCUCCCUCCCCAGUCUUUCGUGCGUGGGUGUGAGUGUGUGUUGUCUACGCAGCUCCGGAUCCGGAACGAGUGUGUGCCCAAACGAGGCGGACGCGACUGCCCCGGAAGAAAAACAACUCUCCCUUCUCCCCACAACAACAACAACAAAAAAUACUUCUUCCGAAUGCAUACGGCGCAGUUACGCAGAGUCUAGUUGUGAUCUCAUCCCCUACAUCGACAACGUCAACUCCCUGCAACACUAGCUGCUAGCAGCGCUAUUGCAAUUUGCUGCGCGCGACCCGAGAGCUUUAGCAGCGUUCGUGAAGGUCCGUCGCUUCCACAAAACCGGAACAGCUGCCCGCUUCUCCUCCUCCUCCCCUUUCCAUCAAGAAAAAAAACACGCACACUUACAAUCAACCCCGACGCGUACUCGCGGUAAAAAGCAACGGUGCAACCAUGUCGUCCAGCUGCUGCGGCACCAAGAAGCAGAAGCUCAACGGUAACUACUCGUCGACCAACGGGUACAGCACAACCGGCACGAACAAUGCGGGGCCGCAGCGCAACGGCAUCGUCGACGCUGGUGGCGCUACCCAGAACAAUCACAACAGCUAUCACGGCCGGGGAGGAGGCCAGCAGGCCCAGCAGCAGCAGCAGCACCAGCAACAUCAACAACAGUUAUCCUCUUCCUCGUCGUCGUCGUCGUCGUCCUCGUCGGGGUACAACGGCUACAUGGUGAACGGGCACGGCAAUCACCAUCUGUCCCAGCAGCAGUCGUCGAUGAUCGGCUCGAUGCCGGACAUGUGCUUCUACUGCUUCGAGGUGCUGUACCGCGAGCUGCACAACCUCGAGGAACCACGCACGCCGUGCUUUACCAACGAUCCGUUUCCACUGUUCGUGACAUGGAAAAUCGGCAAGGACAAGCGGCUGCGCGGCUGUAUCGGUACCUUCAGCGCAAUGCGUUUACAUUCAGGACUUCGCGAGUAUGCAAUAACAAGUGCUUUAAGAGACUCCCGUUUCUCGCCAAUCACCCGUGAUGAGAUCCAAAGACUGACCGUCUCGGUGUCAAUCCUGCAAGGCUUCGAGGAGGCGCGCGGUUACCUGGACUGGACGCUCGGCAUACACGGCAUCCGCAUCGAGUUCUACAACGAGCGUGGCUCGAAGCGCACCGCGACCUACCUGCCCCAGGUUGCGACGGAGCAAGGCUGGGACCAAACGCAGACGAUCGAUUCGCUGCUGCGGAAGGGCGGCUACCGGGCCCAGAUCACGCCCGAGACGCGCCGCUCGAUCAAGCUGACCCGCUACACCUCGCAGGAGUGCCAGAUGUCGUACAGCGAGUAUCGCGAGCUGCUCGAGAAGCAAUCUCACUACCACGGCCAGCUGUGCAAGAUGCAGUGCUAACGGCAUCGCCCGACCGGCGGCACCGCGACGACCGCCCCACGCCCUUGCCAUCGCUGCCCAUCCUCCUUCUCCUGCUCCUCCCCGUCCCUGUCCCUGCUAGCUGCUGCGGCUUCCUCCACCCUGCCCCCGCUUCCCAGCGCGUAUGGCAAGCCGUGCCGGUACUCACCGCUCUAUCCGCGCUUCGUGACGCUACUCUUAAUACGCAUUAUCACAUUUGUUUUAGGAUAGGCCAUUUGCUUUAAACAAAAAACAAACAAACAAUCACACUGCGCACGGCUUUUGCGGUAUCGCAUCUUUAUGCAUUAACCUGUUGCAGCCGUUGCCGUGUGCUGCCCGAACGAAACCCUGCGCUACCAGCGCUAAGAAACACACACACACACGAGGAUGGACGAAAGCGGAAGAAACUCGAAAAAUCUUAUUACACGUUAAAAUUAAAAUUACUAAACACUCUCUCCCAUACACACAGACACUAACAACCAUGGAGUUUGGAGCAUGGAAUACACCUAGAAUAUAUUAUUGUUUAGCUUUAGGUUGCGCUGUGUGUGUGUUUUGCUGUGUUUCCGCGUUUGCGUUUCGUUUUCACAGUUUGUUUUUUGCUCCCCCUCCUGCGGUAUCUCUAAAACCUUCUUCACGUUCGUCUCGUUACGCUCUUGAUGGCGUUAGCAAAUAGGGUUAGCUUUCUUUUCUUUCUUCUUUCACCACUGUUUCGUUGCACAACGAACUAAUUAAUUUCAAAACUAUCAACAGCGUGUCGUGUGGCAUACGCGUGCGGGAAGCAUGCACUGCGACCGCCAAGAGCUAAUGGGGGCAGUAGAUGGAUUGUUAAUGUUAGUACAGUUUUAUAAUGGUAUAAAGUAGGUGACCGCUAACUGAGAGGUAAACAAGCUCCAGUUAACGAACAAUGUUCGCUAACUGGAGUGACGUUUCUAUGCAUUGAUUGUUUUGAUUGGCGUUGACUGGAAUAAACAUACCAAACUUUUUUUUCAUUUAUGUUGAUAUAAAGUAUAGUAAUUCGUGUAAUAACAUAAAUUCAUAUCAAACGUAAGCAAGAGACCCUAAAUUUGUUUGAAAAAUGCACAUUUGCGACAAAUUUCUCUUCAUGAGAUUCCGGAUGUUUCAUGUUUUGACGUUUAAGUGUUCGUUAACUGAGAAUCACUCCAGUUAGCGAACCUCCAGUUAAAAAGCACUCCAGUUAAAACAUAUCCAGGUCACCUACUAUAGUUUGUUUUUUUUUUCUUUCCUAAAAAAUCCCUUCGUCCCUAGCUGUUAAGGUAUGGUGAGCGGAGGUGCGAGUCAAGCAUUCGCAUCGCCUCGCGUAAUUGUAACCCGUUCAGAGAUAAUGAGAGGCCCAUUACUGCUACAGGUGUUGGUACGCAAGCCACCCGUGUAGCCUCAGCAACAAUACGCCAAACGCUGCACGGCCUGCCCGUGCAGUAGAGUAAUGCACUCGCAACAACAACAAACAAACAAAAAAAAACCCCAAAAAAGAAGCCGAUGAUGCGAAGCAAGGUGCAAGAAGCGCAAAAGAAGGGAGAAAUUCGCACACUAAUACGGGCAGGUUUUGUUUGUGCGCGCGUGUCUUUUUUUGCAUUGUUUUUAUCUUUCUCUUCAAACCGGGCAGGAGAUUUAGGAGUAGUAACAGCCCAUGCGGGCAAAGCAAAAAUGCAAGAACACACAGCUCCUUCUUUCCCAGCGUGCCGCUGCAUGGCGCAAGCCAAUAUUAAUAAUUAAAAAAAUAACCAUAUUAAGUACAGGAAACGGAAGAGAAGAUCGAAAGCAGAAGCAGAACGGUCGAGCAAAACAAAAUAACAAACACAAACAAAUGCAAUGAAAUGUUGAACCAAGAGAGAGAAAAAGCGAGUAAGAGAGAGGAAUGGCGAACGAAAACGAAAACAGUGAAAAGAAGGGGAAAAAACGAAGCAAAACAACAACAAAAAGAUGUUAUACUAUAUAUUAGACAUAUGUUUAUAUUUUUUCCUCUGAUAGGAUGCGAUACACUUUAAAAACGAAGAAGAAGAAGAAGAAGAAGAA